AUUAAAGUGAUACUAAAAGUCGGGAGUUAUUUACCCUGUAUCUUACUUUGUUUUUUUUUUUUUUAUCUUGAGGUAUUUUCGUACUUUGGUGUAGCUGCGGUACUCCAUGGACUUGAGUUUGCUAGUUGUACAAUUUGCAAGCCGAAUGUGUAUGUUUUUAUUUAAGUAAAUUUACUAUUAAAUUUUAUAGUCUGGGUUUUCGGUUUCUAGAUUGUCUUCGGACUUAAAAUGACUGGAGUUUCAAAGAUUCUAAUGAUUUGUUGAUUCAAGUUUCAAGUGAUUGUUUUAUUGCAAAAGCAAUUUUCUUCUUCUAGGUUAGACGUUUCUCAAAGUGUUAGUUAACACCAUUAAAUUUGAGAUAAGGAAAAGGCUCACCUGAUAUUAAUAUGCUAAUAUAUGACAAUACUAUUGGGUGAGUAAUGAUGAUACAAGAAGGAUCUAAGCUGUUAAUUUGUCUUAAAAUUUAUCACAAAAAAGGUGAGACUAGAGAUUGGAGGGGAACGAAAGUUGUAUGUAAUAAUCUCCCUUGAUGGAAAAUGGCGCUUGGGUCACCAUUUAUUUGAUUUUUAUGUGUGGACCGUUUUGACCCUUGAAAGAGAAAGGCGGAUGUCAAAGAAGUAUAAGGAUUUGAGGCUCUAAUUUUGGAGCAUCGAGGUCUGUAAAAGGCCGGCUAUGGUGAAAGAACAUGGUCCAUCAACCCAAAAGUAAAAUUUGUACAGUCUGCAGUUUUCUUGAUCCAGCUCAGAGAAGGGCCCAAGCCUUCAAGCCCGAUGUCAUUUUUAUAGAUGCUUUAGUCAGAUUAGGGAGUGUAUGAAAAUGCAAGGCUUUGCGCAUGCCGACUCCCCUUACUGUGUAAACCUUUAAUUAAAAGAAAUCUUUUAAUUUUGGAAUAUAAGGGGUAACCCUUUAAGCCUUCCCCUCGUGGAGGGUAGGGUGUUUGAAGAGGUUCCUUUGUGUACGAAAAUAGCCGCUUUUAACAACUUAACAUGGACUUUGGUAACUAUGGAUGCCUUAUUAAUGUUUGAAGUCUAACAUAUUAGUGUUGCUUUGGUAUGGUCACUAUUCUUCUGGUAGUGGUUUGUUUAGGGUGAACCGACAAUCGUAAUUCAUAAACCCGCACCCACUAAAGAGAACCCUCGAAAAACCCAGACCCAAGCAGAGGAAAUGGUGAUAGGGCUUAGGCAGUUCGUGGCAAGAGUUGGCAACGGAGCCGGAGAGCCCGUUCUCGAUACAGAUAAUGGCGAGGAGCUUGUUCACGUCCAGCCUUCCGUCUCCCUUGCGCUCGGGAAUCGUGCCCCGGAAUCCCCUGGCACUCUCUACAUCACCACCAAGCAAGUGAUUUGGCUGAGUGAUGUGGACAGCGCAAAGGGCUACGCCGUUGAUUUUUUGUCUCUGUCGCUUCACGCUGUUUCUAGGGACCCGGAGGCCUACCAUUCUCCUUGUAUUUACACUCAGAUUGAAACUGGAGCUGAUGAAGAUGUGUCUGAGGACUCAGAUUCAGAAUGUAAUGAGGUUUUAGAUUUAUCCAAGGUCACUGAGAUGAGGCUUAUUCCUUCAGAUGCUAGCCAAUUGGACACUCUGUUUCAGAUGUUCUGUGAGUGUGCUGAGUUAAAUCCAGAGCCUAUUGAAGAAGGAGAAGAAGAAGGACAAAAUUGGGUUUUUAGUGCUGAUCAGUUGGAACAUGAAGCUGGAGAGGGUGAUGAUUCGGAAUGGCAUUUCCCCCAGAAUCCAACAAACUCAAUUGGUCAUUCAAAUAGUGAUCAUGAUCUAGCUCGCACGGUGCUUGAGCUUCAAAUCAAUGAUCAACGCUUUGAGGAUGCAGAAGAGAUGGAACAAGUUAGCGAUAGCAGUCAUCAUCAUCAUCAGUGAGCUCCCAUGUGACUGUCGUGUUACAGGAAAGUCAGCAUAUGGCAAGAGUGAACAUAAUUCUUGUGUUGCUUUUAACUGAUUUUGCCCCAUGCCCAAACUUUGUUGUAUGUACUUGGUCACUUGAACAAGUUGACAUUGUUUUCUUUUAAAGAAACUUUUCAAAAUUAUUUUGUUCUU